AUGUCCCUGAACGCCAACGACUUCGGGGUCGACUCCGACAACGAGUCGUACACAAACACAACCACCGAAGAGGCGCCCAUAGAAGAACGAUCCACGUUCAACGCCAUUGAGUAUCUCAUAUCCUCGCUCGACAACUCGCUGGACUCUGUGCACCUGGACCGGUCGCUGAUGGUGCAAUCACAGGUGUCUGGGGCGAUCAACAGCACGAUGCAGGACGUUUUGCGCACGAUCGACGAGGUGAGCGCCAAGAUGGAGACCCACAUCAAGCGGUACGAGCAACUCAAGACGCAGAUCGUGCCGGAGCUGAGCAGCAACAUUGCCAAGAACACAAAGUUAUGUCAAAAGUUAUCCGCCAGGCUAAAAGAAACGUAUCCCGUUGAGUUCUCGAAAAGCAGAGACAAGGUGCUCAACCGCGUCACCGACGAGGACGAAGACCUCUACAUUUGA